CUGCUCUUCCCGACCCUGUUGCAACCCGAAAGCCCCCCAAGUUGCCGGCAACAAUUUCCUUGAGAAAAACCGGUAAAGCUUGAUGAUUUUCCCUCCUUUCUUGUUCAAGAACCAACUUAGGACUUAGAAAUCCUCCCCUUGCAGGAAAUUUUCCAGAUCUGCUCGGUUUCUCCCCCUCCCCUGUCCGCGAGCUGCAGCUUGUGAUGCGAAUUCUGGGCAUUUUUCUUGUUCCCGUUAGUCCCCUACAGAAAUUCCCGCCGGCAUCUCCCCCCUGCUAGGUCCGGUUUGCAGCUGGAAAAUUCUGGUAUGUGGCAGCCGUUUAAGCCCCGAAUUUGUCCAUUUAUUUGCUGCCUUGUGUGUCCGAAUAUUCUGCAAAAAAAAGGGAUGAAUUCCGGUAGCUCUAGGAUAAAGUUUAAGCAUUAAUUCAAGUGAAAUUUAUGUGAUUGAGUGUUAAUUGAAUGCUGUUAGAUUUUGGAGAAAAAUCCCGUGAAUUAGCUAGUGUUUUGGCCAAUUUUGGAAGUGCAGUUACUGUUCAUGGGUACUGUUCAUGGAUAAUGGCCAACAAUUAACAAGGAUUUAAAUGUUUAGUUUGUAAUAUAAGAACAAAUUUGGAGAUGUCUGGUCAUGUGGAGAUUGAUAGAAAUAGCAUUCUGAUUAGGAGGUAGUCAUGGUGAUUUUACUUUUGAAUCCGUGGUACGGUAUUAAUUCUUGGAUAUUUUGAUUAGGUUCCUAAUCAUUUUGUCAGUUUAGCACUGAAAUCGAGUCUUCGGUUUUAUGCGAGUGAGGUAAGUAAAUUUAUGGUAAUGCUCGUAUAGUUUUUAAAAGCAUGUUUUGAUUUGUUUUUGAAGUGGUGACGGGACUAAACCCGUUUUAUGCAAAAGUAAGUAUGCCUACUUGAAAUUUGAUUGAUUGUCCUGAUGAUUUGAAAGUGAUUGGUGAAUUAUGAUUUUUUUGUUAACUUCUGCUUGUUUUGUUUUCGAUGUGGUCAUGUUAUUAGUGACCCUGCUAGUGGGGGUUUAACGCUAGCACAUGUCGACAUGUUAGUGAUAAGGCCGGUUCGUACGAGUGACCCUACUAGUGGGGAUUAUACACUAGUAAAUCGUGUGCCUGUCAGUGGGAGGUUUAUGACACUGGUUGUGACCUAUAGAGGAGACGUCUAUUUCGUUCCCGUACUGUAUCCGUUUUUCGUGAUUACACUUGUUGGCAUGCUAUAAGUUUAAUUAAAGGCUAUCCAUAUUUUACUUAUUGAGUUUAUCUCAUAGUUUUUCCUUGUCCACCAUUUCAGAAAGUGAAAUCGAGGACGGGGGAACCACGGGAAGUGACGAGUUAGAAGGCUAGCCAUUUCGAGAUUGAUACAGAUUUUAGAAAUAAAUCAUGAUCUUGUAAACUAGAUUUUAAUUGUAGAUUUUAUGAUAUCAGAGAAAUUUUAGAAAUUUUAUAUUCAGAUUUUGAUGGUAUCAAAUGUGGUAUGAUUAGUUCCGAGCCUUAUGCAUUUGUGGGAUCCUCUCAUGAGUGCACGACGUUUGUCGUGCCUCGGAUUUGGGUUCUGGAGUGUGACAGUAUACCAGA